GUUUAUCCUUGCUUCCUGUGAGGAGGGGAGGAACUGGGUCUUAGUGCCCGUGGCAGAGAAGCCGCAUUUGCUGCUCUGGACCAGCUGCUGGCGAGUUCGGCCGGAGGUCUGCGGUUAAGGUGACAAGAUCACCUGCUCUGCUACCCAAGCUACAGAUUUCUCUUCCUGACCACAGCCAUCAUGCCCAGAGGAAAGAAGAGUAAGGCCCGUGCUCGAGAGAAACGUCGCCAGGUCCAAGAUGAGGCCCAGGGGCUAAAUGAUGCCCAGGCAAAGGCAUCAGAGAAAGGAGAGUCACGUGCCUGCGCUGAUCAAGCUUCAGGAGAUGCUAAGCCAAGCACUCCUGCUGGCGUACCACUGGGUAAGACACCCAACAUUACUGCUAGUAAUAACAUGGCCCUCCAAAGGUCUGGUAAAGGUGCAAAGGGCCAAGGAGAGAACGAGAGUUCUUCUAGGGCCCCACUCUCCACUGGAAGCAUGCAGAUGGAUCUUUUAUCAAGGAAGACAGGACUGCUGGUGGAGUACAUGCUCUGCAAGUACAAAAUUAAACAGCCUGCAAAGAGGGGAGAGAUGCUCAAAGUUAUCAACAAAAGGUUCAAGGAGCAGUUCCCUGAGAUCCUUAAGAAAGCCUCGUAUCGCUUGGAUAUGGUUUUUGGCAUUGAGUUGAAAGAAAUCCAGCCCAAUGGUCAAUCCUACAUGCUUAUCAGCAAGCUUGAUUUCCAGGAUGAUGGAAGUCGGAGCAAUGAGCUGGGUCUUCCCAACAGGGGCAUUCUGAUCCCUCUCCUAAGUGUGAUCUACUUAAAUAACUACUGUGCUUCAGAAGAGGAGAUCUGGCACUUCCUGAAUAUGCUAGGAAUCUAUGAUGGGGUCCCACAUCUCAUCUUUGGGGAUGUUAGGAAGCUCAUCACUGAAGAGCUAGUGCAGGAAAAGUACCUGGAAUACCGUCGUGUCCCUGAUGGGGAUCCUCCAUCCUAUCAGUUCCUGUGGGGUCCAAGAGCCUAUACUGAAACCAGCAAGAUGAAAGUGAUGGACUUUUUAGCUAAGGUCAGUGAAACCAUGCCCAGUGCUUACUCAUCUCUCUAUGAGAAGGCUUUGAUUGAAGAGGAAGAGAAAGCCAAAGAGGAAGCUGCAGCCAAGCCUGGCACUAAGGGCAAGGCCAAGGGACAUACUAAGACCAAGUUAAGCCAUCCUACUCACAAGUGAGAUAUAGGCAGCCUCUGCUAUAUGGUUGAAAAGAUCUGUUCAUCUUUUUACAAAUAAGUUGUUGAUAAGGUUUUUGGAGUGUUUUAACAAAUUGUUAACUUAGAGUUAGAAUAUAUACAGAUAAAUUUUGUAGACUGUUUCUUUCCUGCUGUUUGUCAAGUUUAAUGUUCACAUUAUGAAAUACAAAUUGGUAUUUUGCAUGUGAGUUUGGCGGUGCUACAUCAAAGUAACAUGGCAUUUAUAGAGGAAGAAUCUUGGAGACAGAAAAAUCGGUAGCAAAAUACUUGAAAAUGGACAAAAAGUGAAAGUUGGUCAUUUGUUGUUUACCCAGUUACUUUUUUCAAACUUAAGAGAUGUACACCUUCAUUUGUUUUUGAUAUUAAAGAAUGCAUG